GGUGUUUCAGUAGCAAUGGAAACUAAAACGUUAAUACUACCAACACUAAGCACAAUCAAUAAACUCUUUAGCGAGUUGGGUACUUCUGAGACACAAAUGAAUCUGGACGUGAAAUUUCUCAAGGAGUGGAUGCGAAAACAGCUCCACCUUCCGAACCCAGACGAUGACGGAAAGAUGAUUGAUGAAAAACGAAUUAAAAUGUUUUUGAUCACGUGCAAGAAUAGUUUGGAGAAAACCAAAGUAAUGUUGGACCAGCAUUACACUAUAAAGCUAUCAGUACCAGAAUACUUCUCUAAAUGGGAUCCGUUUUUACCAGAGAAUAUUCAAUCAAUGAAACUAUCUUCUUUCGUCCCCUUACCAAAACCUACACAUGAGGGCCACAGAGUAAGCCUCUGUUAUUUAAGAAAUAAAGAUCUCCAUACAUUUUUAUGUCAUGAUUUUUUUAAAGUAUGCAUAAUGACACAUGAUCUUAGAAUAGCAAAAUUGGACAUCUAUAAUAAGGAUAUAUUCAUUAUCGAUUUGAAACAUUUUUCCACGAAUCACGUAACAGCAUGUAUACCGAAUGUUAAGAAAAUGUUUGAAAGUACACUUGCGUACCCAUAUCGGCUACAUCAAGCUCACUUCAUUAAUACAAAAAGUUUCGUGCAACCAUUAGUAAAUAUGAUAACAAGUUUUCUGAGUACUAAAAUUUCCUGCAGGGUGAUAAAUCACAAAUCCAUUGAAGAAUUGAAAAAUUACAUUGAUCCUAGUAUUCUUCCGCUUAAUUACGGAGGAACUUAUCCAAAGACGUCGGACGAAGUAACAGACGACUGGCAUAAUGAGUUGAUAAGGCACCGAGAAUGGCUUAUAACCCAAUCAUCAAUUGUUGCAGAUAAUAGUAAACGCCCAAAAAUGUCCAAUAACAACUUGGAUAAUAUUGAAAACGCAAUCGAAGGUUCCUUUAGGAAACUAGAAGUCGAUUAG